GGUUCUGCACGGCGUUUUCCUGUGUCGUCCCGCUAGAUUUGCGGCAUGGAGCGCUGAUCGUUGGUUGCGUUCGAGAAAAUAAUAGCACGUGGAACCUUAACAUGACGACCAUCCGACAAUUUACAUGCGACGAUCUCUUUUUGUUCAACAAUGUCAACUUGGAUCCUCUCACAGAAACCUAUGGAUUGUCAUUCUACCUCCAGUACCUGGCACACUGGCCCGAAUACUUCCAGGUUGCCGAGUCACCAAGUGGCGACAUCAUGGGCUACAUCAUGGGCAAAGCAGAGGGUGUCCAAGAGAACUGGCACGGCCACGUGACGGCUCUCACUGUUGCACCUGAGUACCGGAAGCUGGGAGUUGCAGCCAUGCUAAUGUCGGGCCUGGAGUACAUCUCUGAGAAGAAGCAAGCGUACUUUGUAGAUUUAUUUGUUCGAGUAUCCAACAAAGUUGCUGUCGACAUGUACAAGCGACUGGGGUAUAGCGUCUACAGGAGAGUCCUAGAGUACUACUUUGGUGACCCCGAUGAAGACGCUUUUGACAUGCGCAAGGCACUCUCAAGGGACGUCCUCAAGAAGUCGGUGAUCCCCUUAGCACACCCUGUACGUCCCGAAGAUGUGGACUGAGUUAGUAUUUGCGAAAUAAAGUAACGCCGAUUGAUUAGUUGUUCGACGAAACCAGAACGUGCGGAUACAGAGGGCUUCAAAUGCAUCAACCAGCUCGAGGCAGUACCAAAAGCAAGGAUCGUGAGAAGUCAACGCAAUGCUGAAGUGAUUGUCAAAAGCGAAAGUCAUAUUGUAUUUGUACAAGGGUACUUAAGCGCUCAGACCUUAUAUGGGUAAAGGUCGACUGCAACGAAAUUUUGGACCACGUAAAAAGGCCUUGUUUCAGAUAGUAGAGAUGCAGAGCAGCCUCCGUGCAAAAUUUUACGUUUUAAAUGCAAGUGGAUGCCGCCCGAAAAGCUUGCAAAAAUGAACAUUUUUCAUACUGAAACUCGAGAAAACGUCGCUAUUACUGCACGCCGAAUAUAAUGCAGAACACAGUACGUUGAGCAUGACCUCCGUAAUUGGGCAGCAUCCGUAACAUACUAACAAUCUCAGAGACGAUGUGCUAGGAUUUGUGUAAGUUAAAAUUUGCUAGCCACUAGGUGCCCGCAUCAUCUGCUAAGGUGCUAAUGAAAGGCUGCUAAUAAGAAAAUUUGACCAUUAUCAACCCUGCAGCUUUGCCUCGAUAGCUCUAGUGGUAUGUACUACUCAAUUACAACCAAUAUAGCCAAUGAGAAAUUUCAUUACAGUUGGCCCUUUAAAAGCGAAUGUCUCAAAAUACAUACAGAUCAUAUUCAUUUUUCAUUGUAUAGACACCCCUCCUCACAAUGCCUUUGUCACACCGGUGCAAUAAGGUCCACGGUUUUAUAUUGUUAUAUUAGGUAGCACUGUUUAGUACAUAGUGUUCUUUCGAUUCCAGGUUCAAUUUCCAGUUGAAUGUGCAUGGAUUGCUUACUUUGAAUAAAACCAGUUUGCUGAUAAUUUCCUCAGGUACACCUGUACUUUACCGAAUGAGCUGCAGCGAUUUGUGAUUGCACUCGAGUUUGAGUGAAAUGAAAGCAUCCGUGUUAAUUUAUCUGUAUAAUUAAAUCACAAAUUUCACUGCUUGCAUGUUGCAAUUUUUUUGUUUUUUUUCCCCUCAUUUUUUAAAGUGGCAGAUGUCUUCAUGCUCUCAUUGUGGCUGAUGUAUUGAAAGGGAACUUGUAAAAUAAAGUUGCAGUAAAAGCUUCA